AUGGCGGAGGGUCCACUUUCUCCCGCAGCAUACCGCUAUAAAGCUCUAGGCGAACGCCACAUUCGGCUCCUCAAAGUCCCUGGAUCCUCCAAAGACGCUCCAGCGUACGAUCUCAUUGAAACAUCACUGGAUGCUGCGCCGCCUUACGAGACGAUAUCCUAUGUAUGGGGCAAGCAGAACAGGUCGCAGAUCUUGACCUUCCGAACAGCCGAGACGGUUCGCAUCACUCCGGCCUUGCAAGUCACUCUUUCCUAUCUCCGCUUCCACUGCCGGACAGGCUAUCUGUGGAUUGAUCAGAUAUGUAUCGAUCAGAGCAACACGCUGGAAUGCAACCAGCAAGUGGCGAUCAUGGGCGAGAUAUACGGCAAAGCGCAGCGUGUGCUGAUCUGGCUCGGA